AUGAAAAAAUUAGAAGAUAUGAGUAAUGAUAAACAAGAUCCACACACAGUUUCAUCUCUUAUAAAUAUACUUGUUGAUAAAACUGGUGUUCGAAUUGAUCUACAAGAUGAUGAUGAUGAUGUAAUCAAUUUAGCAGAACGCAUCGGCAAACGUUCGUUGACAACAUCAAAAAUUAAUUUAGAAAGUGAUGUACAACAAAUAAAACGAUUACGCAACAAUACAGCUAAUACAAAUGUUUCUAUUUUAAAUACUGAUUUUUAUUGUUCUUUAUAUCAAUUCUUGAUUAUAAUAUUUGUAAUAUUAGAUUAA